GUCUGUGUUCCCUUUUGCCUUCCGUCUUAUAAAACUUCUCUCUUGAUCUCUCUCUUCUCUCAUUCACUUUCCAAAAUUCUCUCUUCCCUCCCUUUCUUUUCUUAAAUUUCGAAAUGGCUCAAGAAGAGGCACAGAAAUCAGCAGAUGUUGUUGUCUCAACAGAGAAACCAAUGACCGAUAAGGAGGUGACUGUUCCUGUUUCGGUGCUAGAGAAGGAGGUUACUCCAACGGUUGCUUCAGAGGAGAAGGUGGCCCCGGAGACGGAGAAAUCCGUGGCGGUGAAGGAAGAAGAGACCGUUGUAGCUGAGAAGGUGAUUGUUCCAUCCCCUGAAGAACUUGAGAAGAAGGCACUUGCUGAGUUUAAAGAGCUCGUGAGAGAGGCUUUGAACAAACGGGAAUUCACUUCUCCGGCGCCAGUGAAGGAAGAGAAACCAGAAGCCGUUAAGUUGGAGGACAAAACUGAUGCGGUGGCUCCCACGGAGACCAAAUCAGAGGAGAAACUUGAGGCACCCGAAGAGAAAGAAGCAGUGUCAGACACCGUGGCCACCAAGAAAGACUCUGGUGCUGAAGAAGAUGGAACCAAGACCGUGGAAGCAAUCAAAGAAUCGAUAGUCUCAGUCACUCCUCCUGAAUCCGCCGAGGCAGAGCCUGUGGAGCCGGAACAAGUCUCGAUCUACGGAGUUCCUCUUCUCCAAGACGAGAGAUCCGACGUGAUCCUCCUAAAGUUCCUCCGAGCCAGAGACUUCAAGGUCAAAGAAGCAUUGAUGAUGCUGAAAAACACCGUCCAGUGGCGCAAGGAAAACAAAAUCGACGAGCUCGUAGAAACCAACGAAGCCUCUGAUGAAGCGAGCGAGUUCGAGAAGAUGGUUUUUGCUCACGGUGUGGACAAAGAAGGUCACGUCGUGAUCUACAGCUCCUACGGUGAGUUCCAGAACAAGGAGCUUUUCUCGGACAAGGAGGAGCUUAACAAAUUCCUCAACUGGAGGAUUCGGCUACAAGAGAAGUGUGUGAGAGCUCUUGAUUUCAGCAGCCCUGAUGCCAAAUCUUCGUUUGUGUUCGUGAGCGACUUCAGGAACGCUCCUGGACUCGGCAAGAGAGCGUUGUGGCAAUUCAUCAGGCGUGCCGUCAAGCAAUUUGAGGACAAUUAUCCCGAGUUCUCCACUAGAGAGCUGUUCAUCAAUGUUCCAUGGUGGUACAUUCCUUACUACAAAACAUUCGGAUCUAUCAUCACAUCACCAAGGACUAGGAGCAAGAUGGUCCUCGCUGGUCCAUCUAAAUCUGCCGAUACAAUUUUCAAAUACAUUUCUCCUGAGCAAGUCCCGGUUAAAUAUGGUGGACUUAGCAAAGAUAUUCCUAUAACCACUGAAGAUGCUGUAACUGAAGCUAUAGUCAAACCAGCAGCCAAAUAUACCAUAGAUUUGCCUGCUUCUGAUGCUUGCAUGUUUUCAUGGGAACUAAGGGUAUUGGGUGCAGAUGUUAGCUAUGGGGCUCAGUUUGAGCCGACCACAGAAGGAAGUUACGCUGUGAUAGUCUCUAAGAACCGGAGGAUUGAGUUAACCGAUGAACCGGUGAUAACCGAUUCUUUUAAGGUGGGUGAACCGGGAAAGAUUGUGAUCACAAUCGAUAACCAGACUUCCAAGAAGAAGAAAGUGCUCUACAGGUUCAAAACUCAACAAAUAUCUGCUUUUUGAAAUGAAAUUUGAAAUUAUAUGUCAAUUACUAUAACCCAAAUGGAAGGACGAAGAAGAAAGAUUAUUUUGUUAUUUAAUAUGUAACAUGUUGGUUUUGUUUUACUGGAAUGGUUUUUGCUUUGUUUUGAGCGUUGGGCUAUAUUGUGAAUGAAUAAUAUGUGAUUUUAAUUUUU